AUAAGUUGUUCUACGAACACAGCGCUCCACAAACACGCAAUUCGCGGCUCCGAUCAGCACAUGCGGCAGCGCACUGAAAGAUGUUACGCUUGACGGGCUUGCAGCGGAUCCAGAUAUUAUCCAUCCACUGCUCGAAUCUCAACAAACUCAACGGACGAUUUUGGGAUCCAGAUUUAACAGGCGUUAGACACCAUAACUUAUCCAAUCUAUCGCUUCAAUUUAACAACAUCAGCGACUUUAGCAACUUCGAUCCACGACCGUCUUUGAAAGCAGCACCCAGAUUACGAAGCUUGUCUAUGAACAUGGAUCAACUGCAGACGACAGAUGCAACACGGGGAAUCUGCUCCUUCGAUUGCCCGAGACAGCCAUAUACCAAUUAC